AUGAACUCAGGCAGUCCAAACUGUUCGGUUAAAGACUGGGUGAAGCCGAGAGUCGAGGCUCCAAGUCCACACCCCAUUGUAAAAAUCCUUGUGAAGUCCAAGGUAGAUGAGAGGAAAGAAACAGUUCCUGUAUUGUCUCUCACACUAGAACAGGAGCCUGAUGCAAGGAUAUAUAGCCUGCAGGGGAUGAAGGUGCACGUGCAUGAAUUCACCACAAAUAACAGCCUAUAUGUUUGCUUUAUCUUCAAGAAGAACUUCUCCUGGAUCCAUCGGCCAGACUUUACGCCAAUUAAACCAUUCUUUAUACGAUGCAUGGAAAAGUGUACACAUCACCAACAAAAAGUUAAUAUUUGCUCCUAUUAUACCAUUCCAUCAACCAAGAUAUGGCACAUAGUUGGGACACUUUGUGCAGGACUGCUAAUCUGUGCUUUCACGGUUAUUUUGCUCUAUAACAGAAUUAGAGCAAUUCGUAAAGAUCCAUCUUCCUCUUCUCAUAACACCACAAACAAGGGCAAUCUGGAAAUCGUUCCAGUGCAAGAGUGCAGUAAAGUCCUGAUCAUCUACUCUCAGGACCACCCAAUGUACACAGAGAUCGUCCUGAAGCUUUGUGCUUUCCUCAGGGCCAAAUGUGGAACUGACGUCACACUCGAUCUGCUGGACUCUACAUGCCUCAGCACUAUAGGCAGCAUCCAGUGGCUGGACAUGCAGAGGAAGAGACUCGCCAGUACCUCUGAUAAAAUGCUCAUCCUGUGUUCUCCAGGGGUGUGUGCCAAGUGGAAUGCUAUGUGCGGAGGGUACAGGGUGAUGACCAGGGAGGACGUCCGCUCACCCUUGGGGGAUAUGCUGACCCCGGCUCUCAGCCUCAUCAUACCGGAAUUUGUGCGUGCUCCAUCUUUUGGGAAGUAUGCUGUAGCUUAUUUCGAUGACGUGUGCAGUGAAAAGGAUGUACCUGCUCUGUUUCAUGUGACCGUAAAGUACCAGCUGAUGUGGCAAUUUGAAGAGCUCUUCUUCAGACUCCUGAACAAGGAGAAGUAUGAACCUGGAAGGAUUAAACACAUUGAUGGCCUUGGAGGAGAUGACUACCACAGUUGUCCAUCUGGCAGAGCCUUAAGAGAAGCCAUUAAGGCAUUUCAAGCAUACCAACUAACCUACCCAAACUGGUUUGAAAUGGAGCUUGUAGACAUACAUAAGAAAGUUGAGGAGAAUAACCUUGAGCAGGAGGACGUUACAGAAAGCAACUGUUAUUGCCUUCAGAAUGAACUGCAGAUCGAGGAACUCUCAGGUCCUAUACUCACUAACAUUGCCAAAGGUCAAAUUCUUGAAGCAAAGCAGCUUUUAAUAUCUGAAACUACAGCCAUCUUGAGUAGUCAGAUCAAUCACAUAUAAAAGAAAGAGAAACGAAGAACAGAUAAAACAACAGUGUUGUGCCAGCCUUCUGCAUUAACAGGAUAUGAAUCACUCUGAACACAGUAAAGGUUCUAGAUAGAUAGAUGGAUAGAUGUACUUACUUUAUUGAUCCCAAUAAAAUGUAUUGUCUUACACUCACCAUCCACUUUAACAGGAACACCUGUACACCUGCUCAUUCAUACAGUUAUCUAAUCAGGCAAUCAUGUGGUAGCAGCACAAUGCAUAAAGUCAUGCAGAUACAGGUCAAGAGCUUCACUUAACGUUCACAUCAAACAUUGGAUGGGAGGUUUGAGUAUUUCAGAAACAGCUGAUCUCCAGGGAUUUUCACACAUAACAGUCUUUAGAGUUUACACAGAAUGGUACGAGAAAUAAAAAAACAUUGAGUGAGUGACAAUUCUGUGUGUGUGAGUCUGUGCCCAUGAUUCUUGUUCUUGGCUGACAGGAGUGGAACCUGAUCUGGUCUUCUGCUGUUAUAGCCCACCCACCACAAAGUUUGAUGUUUUGUGCCUGCUGGGAUGCUUUUCUGCUCACCACGGUAGCAAAGAGUAUUUGAGUUACUAAAGACUUCCUGGAAGCUUAAACCAAUCCAGACAUUUUCCUCUCACCUCUCUUAUCAAUAAGGCGUUUCUACCCAUAGAACUGUCACUCGCUCAGUGUUUGUUUGAUUUUCUGUAGAGUAAACUCUAGAGACUGUUGUGUGUGAAAAUCCCAUGUGAUCAGCAGUUUCUGAUAGUUUCUUCAUAGUACGGUUUGUGCCCCAUGCUCCCUGGGAUAAGCUCCAGGUUCUUCAUGACCCUGAAGGAUAAGCAGUAAAGAAGAUGGAUGGAUGGAUUAUUAUCAUUAUUAUUAUUAUUAUUAUUAUUAUUAUUAUUA